CAUGGAUGGAUGGUUCUCCCCUUUUCGGUGCGACUACAUUUCCCAGUGUGCAUCGCGUCAAUUUCCUGCUACGUAUGUAAACAGCGCCGUGUUGAUUCUCGCAUGUAAAGUGUGUCUUAGUAAAUAUGCGUGUUUGAUCGUACUGAGGGCUGUUUAAACUUUCACAGACUAUUUGUCAUUUUUUAGGGAUAGUUAUAAUUAAGAGAGAACACAGCUGCCGUGCUUGUUUAACAGUUUGGUCUCUGACGUUACGUAAAGCCUUAGUCUGUCUCUGCAUCACAUCACAUAACAACACAACUUAACCUCGACCUAACAAGAGAAUAAACUCAGCUGCUGACAGCAUGAAUAAGCGACAAGGUGAAGGAUGUCCAAAGAAAUAUGCUGAUACGAGUCGUGACGUUAGUGUCAAGUCAUCCUCACCUGUCCUCGCUGCUUUCAAAGUCUUUCAGCAAGAGCUUGACACCAGACAUGACAAAUAUGAGCGCCUUGUGAAGCUCUCUCGAGAUGUUACCAUUGAAAGCAAGAGAAGUAUUUUUCUUCUGCAUAGAGUAACCAGUGUCCCAAAUACAGAGGAAAUUCUAAAGGAAGCAGAUUUGAAACUGGAUGGAGUCAGGCAUAAAAUUGGUCAAAUAGCUGAAGAGCUCAUGGGAGAGGACAUCUAUCAGUUUCACAGAGCCUACACUCCAGGGAUCCAGGAGUAUGUGGAGGCCGUGUCUUUCCUGCACUACAUCCGCCACCGCCGCCUCAUCAGCCUGGAGGAGAUAAACGCCAGACUGGUGUUCUGUUCGCAGGGAGCAGCUGAUGCUCUGUCCCCUGGAUCCCAGGUUCUGACUUUCCACGUGACGCCCUCAGACUACCUGCUGGGUGUGGCCGACCUGACGGGAGAACUGAUGCGCAUGUGCAUCAGCAGCGUGGGCAACGGUGACAUUGACACGCCCUUUCAGCUGAGCCAGUUCCUGCGUCAGAUCCACGACGGUUUCUCCUACAUCGGGAACACCGGCCCCUACGAGGUUUCCAAGAAGCUGCACACGCUGCGUCAGAGCUUAGCUAAGGUGGAGGACGCCUGCUACACCCUGCGUGUCCGUGGUUCUGAGAUCCCCAAACACAUGCUGGCCGACGUGUUCUCCAGCAGGACCACGCUCAUCGACCCUGAGGAAGGGGUCGUUUAAUCCUGUUAUUGUUCUCUAUAACUUUGCAGUCAUUAUUUUAGUAUUUUAGACGGAUGAUUGUGUGGAGUCCUGUUAAGGUUCAGUUGUGUUAAUAAAGUAAACCGUGUCACCAGAGUUAAAAGAUUCCUCUGCUUUGAUACAGAUCUGACGCCUUUGCUUGUUGUGCAUGAAUAAAGGUUUUUUUUUCACCCAA